AUGGUUUUCAUCUCUCCUUUAACGGCUGCUUUGCCGCUGUUCUUUUCCUCUAUACCAGAGCUCAUUAAUGCCCAAGCUGACAUUCAUAACGUUACUCCCAUUGGGGGGACAUGGAGUUCGGGGAGCGGUGCUGUGACAACGGGCGCAGCCUUUGUCAACCCUUUAAACUUCUCAUUCCAUUACCCAAAAAAUGCUGGGAUAGCAUGGUCAUUCACCGAGGACGGUCAUUUCGAGCAAGCCGAAUACCAGUUCAAUGCAAACGGAACCCAGCCCAACUGUAUCACUGGCGUUGUGCUGUGGCAGCAUGGCACAUACCAGUGGCUCUCAAAUGGCUCCAUUAUCGCAAACCCAAUCCCUAUUGAUGGCCGUAUGCAAGUCCAAAACCCAUGCGCGGCCAAGUCCAACGUUAUCCAACAAUUUAACACCACCAUUCUCUUACAAUCAUGGCGCAUCUUCCAGGACGUUCAACGCGGACCAAAACUACAACUAUACCGUUUCGACGGCGCUCCUUUACAUCCAAUGUACCAGAUUGCCAACCCUCCGAAUAUGUUACCGACAGAGACGCUCAGUGUAAACUUGACACUCAAUCCAGAUGGUUCGAUAACGUACAACGCCGCCACUUCUCGACUCAAACAACUAUCUCUUAUCACACUGGGAACACUUGGCGGGUUUUUGGCAGGAGCUCUCCUAUUGAUAUAG